ACCAAGAAGAAGCUUGUUGACUUGGCUCUAGGACCCAAAUAUGGUCAAUCAGGCGAAUGAGAAAUAUGUCGGUAUGCGGAAUGAAGCUAGGCACGAAGGGGACAAAGCGCAUCAACGGCGCCAGAGCCCACGAACUAUCGAUGGAAGGGAAGGAGCAUGCCAGGAAGCAAGAUGAGAUAGACGAACAAGCUGCCAAUUGGAUUUACUAUGCCAACAAUACCGACUCUCCGCCCGGCACCAUUGACCUGCACGGUCUCUACGUUCAGGAAGCCAUCCAACGGACCGAAGCUGCCAUUACUCAAGCUCAACAGAACGGUCAAGAGGAAAUCAACAUCAUCGUAGGUAAAGGCAUACAUUCACAAGGUCACGUUGCGAAAAUCAAACCGGCCGUCGAGGAUCUCAUGAGAAAGUACAACCUAUCUGCUCAUCUAGAUCCGCACAACUCUGGUGUGCUCAUUGUCGAUCUCCAAGGCAGACAGAUGAACGGAAGAGGGACGAGAGAUGCAGGUGGACUGGUCGAUGAGAUGAGUCAAAAGGGAGGCGACGACUGUAUCAUCAUGUGAGGAGUGGAGGUAGCGUGGUGUGGUCUGGCGGUCCGGUGGACAGAUCUCGCAUGAGUAAGAGAGCGUAAGCACGCUUCCAUGUGGAGAGGCCAGAGUCAAAAGCUCUGCAACCGAGAGGCGCAGAAACAUCUAUCAACGAGGUUGCAAGGUCUGUAGACUGUUUGUGGCGGUGGAUCUCGGGUGCCACCAAGAGCAUCUUGUACAAAGCAUGUCAAACGUACCAAUAUACUUAAUGCCACCCCCAGUUACUGCGUUAAGGACACCAU